GUCCAAGCCGGGCUCCGGGAGCAGAGACGACCCCGGGCGCGGGGCGAGGUCACGCGCGGCCGGCCGCCGCGUCACACCUGUCUGAGGGGGCGGCCGCGGCGGGGGGGGGGCGGGGGCUCGCAGCGCCUUCGACAGCCGAGGAGAAGAGGGAGGAGGGAGAGCGCGUUUCAUCAUCGGCGACGGCGGCGGCCACUUAUAAAACUUCUGGGCGCGCACUCUCGCUCGCGCAGUCUCCGCGCUGCGAACCUCCUCCGGCGGCCGCGGCCGCUCUCACCAGCCACCGGCGCGGCCGCUCCAGCCCGAGGCGCCCGGCCCCUGCUCGCCCCGCCGCCCGCCCGGGCCCUGCCGCCGUCCCGCCGCUGCUGCCGUCCCGCCACCAUGGGGCUCUGGCCCGAGCCCGGCGCGCGCCGGGGCAGCGACGCCUCUUCUGGCCGAGCCGGCCGCUGUCCCCGCUCUGUCUUCAGCAACAUUAAGGUGUUCGUGCUCUGCCAAGGCCUCCUGCAGCUCUGUCAGCUCCUGUACAGCGCCUACUUCAAGAGCAGCCUCACCACCAUCGAGAAGCGCUUUGGCCUCUCCAGUUCCUCCUCGGGUCUCAUUUCCAGCUUGAAUGAGAUCAGCAACGCCAUCCUCAUCAUCUUUGUCAGCUACUUUGGGAGCCGGGUGCACCGUCCACGGCUGAUUGGCAUUGGGGGUCUCCUCCUAGCUUUGGGUGCCUUCGUCCUCACCCUCCCACAUUUCCUCUCAGAGCCCUACCAGUACACCGUGGCCAGCAUUGGGAACAACAGCGUCUUCCAAGCCGAGCUCUGUCAGAAGCACUGGCAGGACCUGCCCCCCAGCAAGUGCCACAGCACCACCCAGGACUCCCGGAAGGAGACCAGCAGCAUGUGGGCUCUCAUGGUGGUCGCCCAGCUGCUGGCAGGUGUCGGGACGGUGCCCAUUCAGCCAUUUGGAAUCUCCUAUGUGGACGACUUCUCUGAGCCCAACAACUCACCCCUGUACAUCUCCAUCUUAUUUGCCAUCUCUGUAUUCGGACCGGCCUUCGGGUACCUGCUGGGCUCCGUCAUGCUGCAGAUCUUCGUGGACUAUGGCAGAGUGGACCCAGCUGCCGUUAACCUGAGCCCUGGAGACCCCCGGUGGAUUGGAGCCUGGUGGCUGGGCCUGCUCAUCUCUUCAGCGUCCUUGGUUCUCACCUCUUUCCCCUUUUUUUUCUUUCCUCGAACAAUGCUCAGGGAAGUGGAGAGGUCUCCAGCUAUAGUGGAUGAGGCAAGGAAGAUGGACGAGGUCAAGCCAAGAAGCUCCCUGGUGGAUUUCAUUAAAUGCUUUCCCCACAUCUUCCUGAGGCUGCUGAUGAACCCACUCUUCAUGCUGGUGGUCCUGGCCCAGUGCACCUUCUCCUCUGUCAUUGCUGGCCUCUCCACAUUCCUCAACAAGUUCCUGGAGAAGCAGUAUGGCGCCUCUGCUGCCUAUGCCAACUUCCUCAUCGGUGCUGUGAACCUUCCUGCUGCAGCACUGGGGAUGCUGUUUGGAGGAAUCCUCAUGAAGCGUUUUGUUUUCUCUCUGCAAACCAUUCCCCGCGUGGCUGCCACCAUCAUCACCAUCUCCAUGGUCCUCUGCGCCCCUCUCUUCUUCAUGGGAUGUUCCACCCCCACUGUAGCAGAGGUCUAUCCCCCCAGGACAUCAAGUUCUAUACAUCCGCAGCUUCCUGCCUGCCGCAGGCACUGCCUGUGCCCAGACUCCAUCUUCCACCCAGUGUGCGGAGACAAUGGAGUAGAGUACCUCUCACCCUGCCAUGCUGGCUGCAGCGACGUCAACAUCAGCUCUGUGGCCUCCAGGCAGCUGAUGUAUCUGAACUGCAGCUGUGUGACCGGGGCGUCCGCUUCAGCCAAGUCGGGAUCGUGCCCCAUCCCCUGUGCCCACUUCCUGCUGCCGGCCAUCUUCCUCAUCUCCUUCGUGGCCCUCAUUGCCUGCAUCUCUCACAACCCACUCUACAUGAUGGUUCUGCGCGUGGUGAACCAGGAGGAAAAGUCAUUUGCCAUCGGGGUGCAGUUCUUGCUGAUGCGCCUGCUGGCCUGGCUGCCAUCUCCAGCCCUCUACGGCCUCACCAUCGACUACUCCUGCAUCAGGUGGAGCUUGCAGUGCUCGGGGAGGCGUGGGGCCUGUGCCUACUAUGACAAUGACGCUCUCCGAGACAGGUACCUGGGCCUGCAGGUGGGCUACAAGGCGCUGGGUGCACUGCUGCUCUUGUUCAUCAGCUGGCGGGUGAAGAAGAACAAGGAGUACAACGUGCAGGAGAAGGCUGCGGGCCUCAUCUGACCCCUGACCCUCGGCCCAGACACUGCCCUGUUCCAGAAAGUGGAUCCUGCCCCUCCACGCCUGCCUGUAUUUACUAAUGUUAACACAUCAUUUCAUCAUUUCCAUUUUGUUUUCUAAAUAAGAGAAAACCCCAGUCACCAUUUGCCCUCCCUGCCUCCGCCCCCACCCCAGGAUUCCUUAGGUCCACACUGUGUACCUGGGCUGGGUGGGUACUGA